CUCAUAAAUGCUUAGCAACGAGCAAGUGCUUCAAAAUGGCUACCUGAUAAGAUUUUGACAACUAGUUGAUAAUUGGCACCAUAUUUGAGACAUGGAUUAAUACUCUAACAAAUAACGAGUUAAAAGGUAUUUGAAGUAUGACAACAGAAGUAAUCAUGCCCACAAUCAAGGAGAGGGAGACUCUGAUGAAGGAGGAUGACCCAAACUUGUCUGGCUUUCACACUAGGCCAGCACAAAAACUUGUCAAAAAACAUCUUCCCAAAACGAUGGUGAAUAUUGAAUGCAGCCAUUUACUCAGAAAUGAUAGGGAAGAAACGACACAUGGAAACUCUGCUUUGGAAUAUAGACUUUGGUUAGAAGCUGGAAAACAUAAACCUCCGUUUCCAAACAGACCUGACCCACAAUAUAACAGUAACGUUUGGAGAAACUUCAGAAAACAUUAUGGCUUUAAAACAAACACGGAUGGUCAGAACAUUUCUGAAAUGAUUGGCUCAAUGUACCCCAUAAACAUUCCAGCACCUUCAAAAGUUGGCAAAUAUACUUUUGGAAAGUUUCUCACUGAGACGCCAUCUCUUAUCGCAGAUGAACGCUCUCGAAAGCUUGCAAUCAAAAGAACCAAUUGUGAUGUAACUGAAUUCAAAAGACUUAGACUCCGGAGUGAAUCAAGGAAUCCACCAAUGGAUCAAACAGGUAACAUUCUUCCCCCAACCAACUACAAAAAAUAUGACACAUCAUUCACGCCACCACCAGACAUCACAAUACCUCCACCAAAAGACUACUCAAACACAAGGCUGGACAUAUUUGGGCGUAGGACUCCAGUGAAAACUCGCUCUUUAUUAUGGAGCUUGCAUUAUGACGCUAAUAACCCUAAAUAUGAUGAGGUGAUUGAGGAUAUACGAAGAAGGAAAAGUUUACCAAAGCAACACCCGCCAGCAAUAACAGACAAGCAUCAAAUAAUGAGAACUCUGAAAGACAUAGAUACUGGGUUGAAGAAGUGAUUGUUUUUCACAAUAGUUAUUAGUGUCAUUCACUGCUUAUGUAAGAGUUUGUCAAGCAAGACUUUAUCAGUGUCUAUAUACAAGAUAGAGUAGGGGAAUUAGGAUAUAUAUUUUAUGAAUAUACAGUAAAUAGAAGUAUAGUUUGUAUGUUUAUACAAGAGUAUCCUGACAGUUUGUAUAAUCCAACUUCAUGCGUAAUUUGCAUUUUUAUGUGGACACCUGGAUUUGCCAUAUGAUUGUGUAAUAAUAUUCACAAGUUACCUUUUUGCCAAUUUUAUAUUGAAAUUUUAUAUAUCAAUUGUGAUGAGUUUCAAAAUUGUGAUAAACUUUUACAAAUUGUGAUAUUUGAACUGAAAUUGUG